AUGUCGGCCCAGACGGACCUUGCGACACCCUCGACUGAGAGAACUGAGAGCGGAGAAAAGGACGAUCAAGGGAAAGAUUCUGAUAAGGUGCACCUUGAUGGACCCAUUCCACUCUCCGAAUUCGACGACCCCAACAUCGACAAGACGAACGCAAUCCUUGGUCUGCUUGAAGAUGACUCUCCUUACCCGGAAGUCCGAUCGGCUGUGGCGAAUACUGAUGAUACGACCAUCCCAGUGUCAACCAUACGUUCUUGGGUCAUGGGAAUUGUAUGGGCCAUUCUUAUCAGCGGAUUGAACCAGUUCUUUUAUUUCCGUUACCCCUCGGUCGAAAUUACUAGUGUGAGCUCCCCAUCUUUCUAUUCCCUUCGAUAUCUAAGGUCUACCCUGGGAUCCCAGAUUGUAGCACAGCUCCUCGCUUUUCCGAUUGGCAGGGCAUGGGCGAGAUUCGUCCCAAACAUCUCGAUCUUUGGGUUGGAACUCAACCCAGGCCCGUUUUCUAUCAAGGAACACGUGCUCGUUACCAUCAUGGCGACCGUUGGGUCGGGUUCAGCUUACGCGACCGAUAUUGUUGCCGUUCAACGUGUUUACUACCACCAAUCAUAUAAUUUCGGAUACCAAUGGAUGGUCGUGAUGUCAACCCAACUAAUCGGAUUCUCGGUUGGCGGCAUCAGUCGUCGGUUCCUGGUUGAUCCACCUUCAAUGAUUUGGCCAGCGAACUUGGUGACGUGCGCGCUAUUCAAUACACUUCAUUCUCAGACAUAUGCUGGGGUGGGAGAUCGAGGUGGCUUGAGCCGCGAGAAGUUUUUCCUUUAUUGUUUCUUCGCAUCCGCGGUGUGGUAUAUUGUCCCUGGAUAUCUCUUCCAAGCACUGAGGUGGGUCAUCCUUAUAUCUAUUGGCUUGGUCUGUUGGAUCGUACCUCGAAAUGUUGUGGGUAAGAUCUACCUAGCAUGUGGUUCAACUAAUCGCCUUGCGAUUCAGAUCGUUAACCAAAUGUUUGGAUUUACGCAUGGCAUGGGGAUGAGCCUCGUCUCGUUCGAUUGGGCUCAAAUCGCUUACAUCGGUAGCCCUCUCGCGACGCCUUGGUGGGCAGAAGUCAAUAUUGUCUGCGGCUUUGUGUUUUUCUGUUGGUUUUUCGUUCCCGUUGUCUACUAUACAAACGUUUGGAAUACCCAAUACCUUCCAAUAUCUUCAAGGAAUUCAUUCGAUAACAAAGGCCUUCCCUACAAUGUGUCGCGGAUCAUCAACGCAGACGCAUCGCUAAACCUCGCUGAAUAUGAAGCCUACAGUCCUCUCUUUUUGUCAGCUACAUUUGCCGUAUCAUACGGGCUCUCCUUUGCUGCGAUUACGGCGACGCUCACACAUGCCUUCCUCUUCUACCGGAAGCAGAUAUGGUCCCAAGCCCGCCGCUCCCUGAAGGAGCAGCCAGAUAUUCAUGCACGUCUGAUGUCGAAGUACAAACAGGUGCCAGAGUGGUAUUAUGGAGUAAUAUUUAUCGUCAUGUUCGUUUUUGCGGUUAUAUCUAUUGAGGUCCUGGAAACUGGCUUACCUGUGUGGGCGUUUAUCUUGGCCACAGCUAUCUCCUUCAUGUAUGUGAUUCCAAUCGGGAUGAUACAAGCCAUUACGAACCAGCAAGUCGGUUUAAACGUGAUUGCGGAACUCAUCAUUGGCUAUAUGUUACCUGGUCGUCCGAUCGCUAUGAUGUUGUUUAAGACAUGGGGGUACAUCACGAUGGCGCAAGCCUUGACUUUUUCGUCCGACUUUAAACUUGGACACUACAUGAAGAUACCCCCGAGAACAAUGUUUUUCGCCCAAGUAAUUUGCGCCGUAAUCGCAGGCACUGCUCAACUUGCAGUUCAAGCUUGGAUGUUCACCAAUAUCUCUGACAUGUGUGAUCCUUUGCAAAAAAGCGGCUUCAUCUGUCCUAACACUGAGGUCUUUGGGACCGCUUCAAUCAUUUGGGGUGUCAUUGGUCCUGCGCGUCAGUUCUCGAAGGGUCAAAUUUAUUACGAGUCCCUUUCGCGUCUGAACCUCAUGCUGAUAUUUCGAGAAGCCCUCGUUUUCUUUUUUCCCCUGGGUGUUCUGUUGCCAAUCAUUGCGUGGCUUCUAUCGAGAAGAUUCCCGAACUCGUGGGUUCGGUACAUAAACUUCCCCGUUGUUCUUUCGGGAACUGGUCGAAUUCCGCCUGCGAAUGCAGUAAACUACGUGACGUGGGCGAUUGUGGGCUUCACUUUCCAAUACCUCAUCAGACGCCGUCAUUUUUCUUGGUGGACCAAGUACAACUACGUUCUCUCCGCUGCACUUGAUUCGGGAGUGGCUAUAUCCGUGGUAUUAAUAUUCUUCUGCUUACAAUAUCCUAAAAAUAAAACUAUUGGGUUGAACAAUAUUCAAGCAUGGUGGGGUAAUAAUGUUUUCUACAAUACGGCUGACUAUCUUGGCACUCCGUUGAAAACCCUGGCCCGUGGGCAAGCUGCAUUUGGCCCCUCGAGAUGGUGA